GUUAGUGUUAUGAUCACAUGACUAUUGACAUGAUAUUGGGGUAGUGAAAGUUCUUUAUUUGACCGCUUGUUUUCUUUCUUUUUUCACCGUUAGACGGGUGAUCAGACAUGGGGCGUGAACCGUUAGGGAUUAAAUGCUUGCCGUCCAUCAGCCAUGGACCGUCACGGAAUAUCGCGUACAAGGUCUUCAUCCUGGUCUUCACAUUUUUCAUCUACAUGAGUUACCAUCUGUCUCGGAAGCCAAUCAGCAUUGUGAAGUCUCGCCUUUACCGAAAAAAUUGCUCCAUCCCGGCAGUGCCAGUAGGUGAAAGAAAUGGAACCGAGUGUGACUGGGCCCCCUUUGAUCAUGACGAUAAUGCAUCCACGCUGCUUGGGAGUCUGGACCUGGCCUACCUGUUCGCGUACGCUGUAGGCAUGUUUUGUAGUGGUCACAUUGCGGAGAGAAUGAACCUUCGCUACUUCCUGUCACUGGGCAUGAUUCUCAGCGGUGCCUUCACUGCAGCCUUUGGGUUCGGGUAUUUCUGGAAUAUCCACACACUCUACUUCUAUAUCAUUGUCCAGAUCCUUGGAGGGUUGGUACAGUCCACGGGCUGGCCCAGUGUGGUGACGUGUGUGGGUAACUGGUACGGCAAGGGCAAGCGUGGACUUAUCAUGGGUAUCUGGAACUCCCACACGUCUGUUGGAAACAUCCUAGGCUCUCUGAUUGCGGGCAUUUGGGUGAACACAGCAUGGGGCUGGUCCUUUGUUGUCCCCGGCAUCAUCAUUGCCUCCCUGGGUGUGCUUGUCUUCUUGUUUAUGGCACCAGAGCCUUCUAUAGUGGAUUGUCCGGAACCUCCGCAUGAACAAGGACAGGUAGAGCCUGCGGAGGCAGAAGAGACUGAAGCCUUGAUAAAGAAAGGGAACGAGGCUGACGGUCCAAAAAGAAAUGAAGCAGUUACUAUAUGGCGGGCCCUAUCUAUUCCAGGUGUUAUCGAGUUUUCUCUGUGUCUGUUCUUCGCCAAACUAGUCAGCUAUACCUUCCUUUUCUGGCUGCCAAAAUACAUCUCCAACAAAGGAAGCUUUGAUGCACAGAAGGCUGGCGAUUUAUCAACUCUAAUGGAUGUCGGUGGCAUAUUUGGUGGUAUAAUAGCUGGGGUGGUGUCAGACUACACGAGAGGUCGUGCCACCACUUGUGUUGUGAUGCUGGCUCUAGGGGCACCCAUGAUGUUUAUAUACAAUGCCUAUGGGAGCAUAGACAUGACACACAGCGUUUGUCUGCUGCUGGCCUUAGGUUUCCUGGUAAAUGGUCCGUAUUCCCUGAUUACCACAGCUGUCAGUGCUGACCUUGGUACUCAUAAGUCACUCAAGGGCAACGCCAAGGCUCUUGCUACUGUAACAGCUGUCAUUGACGGGACAGGAAGUGUGGGAGCUGCAGUUGGACCUCUUCUAGCGGGUGUGAUUUCCAACAGUAACUGGAACAACGUGUUCUGGAUGCUCAUUGCUUCUGAUAUUUUUGCCAUGGUGUUUUUGAUACGACUUGUGUACAAAGAGAUCAAGCUGUGGCGCCUUGUAGGCUGCUCUCAAGAAUUGGAUGAUGUUGCGAUACAGAUUCAGAAAGAUAACAGUCUCUGAUACAAAAAUAUUGUGUCAAAAUAGUCUGUGAUUGUUAAGUUACAAGGUUUAAAAAUUUUGCCUGCAAUUUUUUUCAUCCAAUUUCUUUUUUGAGGAGUGUCAAGUUAAAAGUGUUUCUGUCAGUUUUCACUUUUAUCAGGGGUUCUUAAGUUCAGGGUUGAGAGCUAUUGUUCGGUUGUAAAGAUUGUUUUUUGCUCAAACAUUUGGAAUUACCCUGAAAUGACUAAAAAUUACUUCAAAAACAAUUUCAAUAGGGGUCUAAGCCCCAUUUACUCUGUUUUAGGCAUGAAUUUAUACUCAAACAGACCCCCUGCUUUUUUCAGGAUUGAAAAUCAGCAAUUGUUAGAAUCCCUAUUUUUAUGUAUGUCGAAUUAGUUGAUUUCGAUGAACAGUUGUGUUUGUCAAUGUCAGGCCUAUUUUCUGUGGUGCAUGUAUGAUGUUAAGAGUUAUUACUGUUUUUUUGUUAUGAAUAUGAAAUUAAAUUGUUUUGUUAUAGUGGCCAUUAUUUCUAUGUUUUAUUUGAUAUUCUGUUCUUGAAAGCAAAAUUUGGAGUGUGUUUCAAACAUAAAUCAGUUUUAGAAAUAUUGUAUACCAGGCAGGCUUUAAAUCAAAGUAUUUUUUCCAGACUAAUUGCCAUGAGAUAUUAGUGUUUUCUCCAGAAUGGCUGAAGGGCAUUUCAUAGUGAAGCAUAGUGGUUUAUUUCAUAAUACGGAGAUUUGUUAUCUUGAGUUGAGUAACUAGCAAUUGCAUUUGGAGUAAUUUGCCCUUUAGCCAUACUUUUUCAAAUACAGUCAAAACUUGAUAUGUCAAAGCUGUUGGGACCUAGUGAAAUACUUCGAGAUAUUAACCUUCGAUAUAACCGAAAUUUAAAAAGUGUAUAACUAAACCGAGAAAAUCGAAAAAAAUUCGACAUAACCAGAACAUCAAGAUAACAGAGUUUGACAUAGCGAGUUUCGACUGUACUGUUGGACUGAUAAGGUGUUAAUCCCUUAUUAAAGCUUUAUUAUUAAAAUUGUAGUAUGUAAAUCCCUAUUUAUACUUCAUAUGUUAGCCUAGUACUAGUAGAUAUUUGUCCUACAAUUUGCCCAGCAUUUACUUUAAGUUUUUGCUGGGAAGUUUGUGUAUGUAUGACUUGCUUGGUGAAGUUAUUUCUAUGUGACAAGUGGCAAUCUAGUCCCCGAAAAAAAACAAAUUUGUUUUGGUCCUUAUUACCUGUUUUUAGUGAUAUGAUUUUAAAAUCUUAUUUAGUUUUAAUCCUUUUAAAUAUGUUCUUUCUUUCAUAAGGAAUAUAGUAACCAUUUUGGGACUAAUUGUACGAAUCAUUAUAAUUUUAUAAUUGACUUGACGCCUAACCACCCUGAUAUGAAUAUUCAUAACUGUUAAACCAAUGGAGAAGUUCAUUGGUCACAAGGAUGAACAAAUUCACAUGGAUUUUUGAUCAAAUAUUUUUUCAUUAUUAAAGAUGCACUCUUACUCACAAAUAAGAUUUACCACAAUUAAAAAUAUUGUUUUAAUAUUUCAAAAAGGAUGAAUAAAUGUCGAAAACAAUGUUUCUUAUGAAGGAUACCAAGUUUAAUCUGAAAGAAAUGAGCCUAAAACACGGUAUUUCUACCUUAUGAGACUAUUGUAGACCACAGUAAAUCUUUUAGCAUUUACCAAUUAUCAUUUAAUAUUUUUGCGCUUUCUGCUAUUAAAUACAUGGUUACAAUCUUCUUACCAGUAAUUAAUAUUUUCCAUAAAUGCAUUAUUUAGUAAGCAGUUGAAGGUUUAUCAGUAAAAAAUGAUGUUUGUUAUACAUUCGUAUGUAUUGAUAUUGAAUAAGAGCGUCACUUUAAACAAAGUUUAUAGAAUAUCAAGGGUGGUUGUAAUCCGAUUAAAGCUUCAAGUUAAUAAGGACAUUGAUGAGGAUCCAACUAAAACACAAGGGGGCCAUUUCAAUAAAGGAUUGUAGUCGUAACUUUAAUUAUCUGAAAUCUGUUUAAAAGUCACAAUACAUCCAUUUGUUUAUUUCCUCAACUGCGUGGACAUUUUUAAUCUUAGCUCAAGUUCAAUUCAUACUAAUAUGUAGCUAUGGCUCUUUGAUAAUUUAAUUUUUUAGGAAUAAAAUUGACUUAGAUCUUCAUUAAAAUGGCCCCUUGGAUGAAAACAUUCAGGAAUGAUCCUGAACUCAGGAUUAAGAGCUUUCAAUUUCAAAUCCCUGACUUGGUGCCAGACAGUUGUAGCUCAGUAUAGAAAUAGAAGGUGUUUUAACAAUCUUGCCCUGAGGUCUAUACCAGUAAAACAUAUAACCCACGGGGGGAGGCAAUUAUUUGAAUAGAAUAUAGGUGGGUGUCUUUUUUUGAUAAUUUGGACCCCACAAGGGUAAAUUUGCUUCUGUAGGGGGGUGACAUAAUUUCAAAUUGCCUUCCUCCCGGGGGUUAUAUGUUUAAGUGGAAUAGUCCUCAGCGUUUGUGUUGUAUUUUAGUUUGACUUUAUUUCCUAUUGUAAGUUUGACAUGUAUUCAUUUGUUUUUUUGUGUUUGUUUUUUAGAGGGUAUGCAUGUGUUUUAAAGUAAAAAAAGCAUUCAAGGUUUGUAGGUGUAUGUUGGUAUUUUAGCCAUUGCAGUUUUAAAAAGCAGGGUUUUACUUCGAAUUAUUUUAAGAAACUAUUGUUUUGACAUAAACAAAAUAUCUGUGAUCAUUACUGUUGUUGUUUGUUCUUCAAUGUAAAACAUGUUAUUUCCAAUGUAAUCUUAGAACUGUGGUUUUAUAUCAUUAUAGUUUUAAAUUUGUUUUUGUUUCAUCUUAAUCAAUAGCUAAUUGUUAACAUUUCAUUUUAUUAUAUUCCAUCAAAUUUAAAGGACACCAGGGUUCCUUUGUGUGGGAUUAAUAUUUGGUCAGUAGAUAUUAAGUUGUUUCAUCUCUUUUCACUGAAGAUAAUAAAUGUGACAUAUAUGUAAUAACAUAUAUCUAGCUAGUAGUGCCAACAUGUACUUUAUUGACACAGUAUUGAGAGCUUUGAAUUUCAAAAUACUGUGAAGUAUUGUGUGUUUUUUUGCUGGAUGUUUUAUUUGAAAAUAAUAAGAAGGACUUUGCAAUGGACAUAAAAUGCUUGAAAGCGUUUCAGAAGGGUUCUUAACCACUUAGCCCUGCUUGGGGCUUGAAUCCUUUUUACUUAUUCCAAAUUUUUAGGACUGUGAUUUUUAGUUCAUUUUCAUCCAUUCAACCAGUUUUAAACCUGAGUCUGGGACCUGUUUUAGUGAGAAAUCAUUUGAGCGAUUUCUUAUCUAGCAGAGAUUUUCCAUGGUAAUUACCAGGUAUGCUCUCAGAAAGAAAAAUGUUUUGAAAUGUCAAAGGUUAACACUAACAUAUUUUUUUUAUGUUCAAUAUUUCAUUUUUGGGAGAGGGCUGUUAAUGUUGUUGGGAAAACUUGUGGCCCAAUCCCUGCACAUGUCCUUUUAUGUGAAGGUCAACAAUAUUACAUUGCACUGUUUCUGUUUUGAUCAUGUAUUGCAUAAAUGCAUUUUUAUGCAAUAAAAUAUGAUUAAAGAAAAUUAACAAUUAUACUACACAGUACACACAUUGUGAUCUUUAAUAUAAUAUACUAGUGUUAUCUUAUUGAUAAAAUAUUUUGAAUAUUAUAUGUCAACAUGCACAGAAGUUUCAUCUAAUCAUGACAUGUAGCAAUCUCAUAAACAUUAAAAAUUACACCAUACUUCAAUAUUGUUCGAGUAUACGAAAGUUGUCAUCUAUAAUCCAAAUGAUUAAAGUUGCAAUUAUUUUUCAUAUAUGACUUUGAUCCUUCAAGGUGCCAUCAAUUGAAUUUCAUGUCAAAAAUACCAUGAUGUAUUUGUAUCAGUUAAUGAUAAUUGUUAACUUUGUUAUUUUAUGAUCAUAAAUAAACUACGAUAUACACUU